GCUGUUCUCUUCUCGCUCCCUCGCCGAUGUUAUACCUAAUUUCACAUCAAAUCCUCUUCCACGGAUCCACUGAUACGUUCGAGUUUGUCUAGAUUUUCAUUCUCCUUCAACGAGGUUUUUUCUUCUUUGUGGAGUGGAGAUUUAGUGCUGUGCUACUCUUUUUUUUUUAUCGCCCCAGAGGUUUGGAAUUUAAAAAGUAACACAAUGGGUAGCUGUCCCUCGAAACUAAGUCGGAAUCUCAAGGCAUAUAGGAAAUACUCUUCACGAUUUGGAAAACGUCGUAGUAAGAUUACAGCUGCCAUUCCUGAGGUCAAAAUCAAAGCAAUCACUGAUUCUCGAAGCCAUGCAAGAGAUUUUACAGUCAGCGAGUUUGUUCAUCUCGAUUUUGAGAAGGGAGGCGCUAAUAACCGUGCAAGGUCUGAGGUGUCUAACGUGACCUUCCAUCUGAAGCAGCUGCAGUGGAACCAUAGUCAAAUUGAUUCAAAUGGAUCAUGCCAAGAUGAACCAUGGUUUGACUCAGCUAGUAUUUUGGUCUCUGAUGAUGAUGAGGAUGAUGAUGAUUUCAGCAGUGUUCAUGGAGAUUGUUUUCCUUCAAUUGGAAAUGCCCCGAAUGCUCAAUUGCUUCAGUAUGAAAGCACAUCGUGCUUCAUUGAUAAUGGAAGCACGUAUGAAGGUUUCUAUGAAAGUUAUCUCAAAAUUGAUGGAGGUGCACAGAACUUUGAAUAUACGAGUCAGGAGUUCAAUAUGAAUUCUUGCCUGCCUUGUUUGCCUCCUCCAGUUAGUUGCAAUGAGAAGAAUCAUUCUUCUAAUCCCCAACCGGCAAAUAUAAAGAAAUCCGCAGUUAUCAUGCUUUCUGUUAAGAGAAAAUCUGUUGACGGAUAUGAAACAACUGAGAUUUGUACGUCUGAGAAAAUCUUAUACCGUCCAAGAGCAGGACUUCUAAUUCCAUGUUCAAAGGGAGAAAAAAUAACUCCAUCAUCCUGGUCCACUCUUUCACCUUCUGUCUUUAAGCUUCGUGGAGAAAAUUAUUUCAGAGACAAACAGAAGUACCCUGCAGCAGACUUCAGCCCAUAUGUUCCAAUUGGAGUUGACAUGUUUCUCUGCCCUCAGAAGAUUAAUCACAUUGCUCAGCAUCUUGAACUUCCACAUGCCAAAGCACAUGAAAUGCUACCAUCCAUCUUAAUUGUUAACAUUCAGCUGCCGACAUAUCCAGCUUCGAUGUUCCCUGGUGAUUACAACGGGGAAGGGAUGAGCCUUGUCCUGUAUUUUAAACUAUCUGAGAAUUUCGACGAAGAGAUAUCUCCUCAUUUUAAAGACUGCAUCAGGAGGCUAAUUGAUGAUGAAAUGGAAAAAGUGAAAGGAUUCACAAGAGAAUCCUUGGUUCCUUUCAGAGAAAGGUUGAAGAUAGUGGGUGGGUUGGUUAAUCCUGAAGAUCUCCAGUUAAGUGCGACGGAAAGAAAGCUAGUUAGUUCUUAUAAUGAAAAGCCAGUUCUUUCACGACCUCAACACAACUUCUUCAGGGGACAAAACUACUUUGAGAUUGAUUUGGAUAUACAUAGGUUCAGCUAUAUAUCAAGGAAAGGCCUCGAAUCGUUCCGUGAUCGUUUGAAACAUGGGAUACUGGACAUUGGAUUAACAAUAGAGGCACAGAAACCUGAAGAACUGCCUGAGCAAAUGUUGUGCUGCCUGCGCUUGAACAAGAUCGACUUCGUAAACCGGGGGCAGGUGCCUACAAUAAUGACUGUAGGUGAAAGUUGAGAGAGGUGAGAAAGGUGGGGGAAGGCAGCAAUCCUGCGCGCGCAUCAGGAAAAGACAGAAAUGCGCAAGGCCAUUGCAAAGAAGGGAGAGGCAAUUUGAUAGGGAUCUUAGAAAGCUUUUGGUGAGUGCUAAAGAGAUUGAUAAUAUAAUGUUUAUUACAAUUCUUUCUUAGGUGCAAUCAAAUUGAGAGCAAAGUCUAUGUGUUUCUUAUGGUGGGGAUGUAAGUAUUUAUAUCACACAACUGUUGAUGGUAAGAUUUUUAUAACAAAA